AGGGGUAGAGAGAGUAUAGCGCGGAAGUAAAAGGAGGAGAUGGGUACUUCAUUUCACAGGUGUAAGCUGUAUGCCGCAUGAUUUUGCAGCAGCAGAUACGGAUAGUGCCUGCUCCGUGGAACAUUCCCAGUGAACCCCCUUCUCUCACUUGGACGUCUACAGCUGUGAAUGGCAGUUCUCCACAGCCCCUUACAUUGGUUCAAGGGGCCCCUGUAUCACCGCAAAAGCUGUUUACUGCCAUUGUGCCGUCACACCAUGUGACACCCACCACAGCAGGGAAUGGUACGGAACACAGCAGACGGCGCCGCUACACACCCAGGGCGACGCCCUUAACCAAUGAGGCUGUAAUGGAGCUCAUCAAGGCGAAGAGGGCGGAGGUAAAGAGACCCGACGCGCUUGCGAGCGGGUCGACGGCGCGUGUGCAGCCCCAUCCAUCUCGCUGGUCUAACAUUGUCGAGGCGAUGACCACCGCUGGACACCCAGGCAUGGAGGCAGAAAAGCUACGGAAGAAGUGGAACAACCUUUGCGGGGCAUUUCGGAAAGUUGCCCAGUACCAGAAGGUCCCAGGAAACAAAUCUUUCUGGCUUUUGACACCAGCUGAGAAAAGGGAUAAGGAGGUUGAUGUGUCCAUCGCCCGUGCGGCAUAUGACGCUAUAGCAGAGUUCAUGUGCGAUCGACGCGCGGCUGCCAAUGCGGCCAACCACACUGACGUUCUGCGGUUGGAAGACACACCUCACCAACAGCCACAGGGUCUGGCUCCUGCCGGAGAUCUUCCCGAGGAUGGGGAUGGGGUCGGGGAAGUCGAGCGGGUAGGCACGGGCCACACCCAGGGCGGGGGGGAGGCAACGGAAGGGAGCACACCGGGAAGCGUUGCUGGCAAUGGCGAGCAAGCCAAACGCGCCAACCUGCGUAAGAGAAAGCCACGACCGGCUGCGUCAUCGUUAAAUAGCAUGACCUCUGCGUUUAUCGCAACGAUGAAGGACUUGACGGUGUUGAUGGACAAACAAGCCGAGGCAAAGAGAGUGUGCAUGAGAGAGCAGAGGGAAGGAAUGAUGCAGCAUUGGACUCAACAGGCUGCAGCUAUUGAAAAUCAGACCAAUACCAUCAUGAAUGCGAUUCUUAGCACGGGCCGUGAGCUCGCGGCGUCAAUUGCCUCUGUUGCUGCAGCCAUUGGGUCCUUGCAGAAUAGGCCGCCUGCCUUGACGACCCCCACAACCCGAUCGACCUUUGACAGUCCGCCUGAAUUUGAUGCUGUAUAUAAUGAUGCCCGCCCACGUGCAGAGGCCUGGGCAGGGCCUGGAGGGGCAUUCGAGGCGCCCAUUGGCACUGAGUGGCAGCCAUCACAAUCACCGCCGCAAUAAGGCGGCACACCAGCGUUUUGUGGUAGGGCUGUGAGGAGGAAUGCACUCACAGUACACCCACAGACUAGCUGAGAGAGAGAGAGAGAGAGAGAGAGAGAGAGAGAGAGAGAGAGAGAGAGAGAGAGAGAGAGAGAGAGAGAGAUUUGUGAGAGAGAGAGAGAGAGAGAGAGAGAGAGAGAGAGAGAGAGAGAGAGAGAGAGAGAGAGAGAGAGAGAGAGAGAGAUUUGUUCGUCUGUAAAAGGUACGAUGAGGCGUAUUAGCCUUGCGCGUGUAUGUAGAGAGAGCACAUUCGCCAAUCUAUUUUUUUCAAGCACCACCGUUGUGAAUGACCGCUUUUCUUUUUGAUUGUUUAGUACUGAGCACCAUUCCUCUUUAGCAUCUAGAAUAUGAUGUAUUCUGAUGUCACAUAUUUUUUUUUCGAAGUUCUUGUUAGCCAACGCAUUUGAGAAUGCAUGGCUGUAUGGCUGCCACUUCU